ACUCUUGUUUCAGACGGAGAGUCCGAUAAUCCGGAGCGGCCUGCGCUGACCGUCCACUGUCCGCAGCCAGCCGAUCCCCUCUAUGAGUCCGAUGUGGAUAUCGUGGAGAACAAGAUAGCGGUGCUGGAGGAACGUGCAGACGGGGGUGACGGCGAGCAGCUGGGGCUGGUGGUGAGCGGCUGCUUUUCGCUCCACAGCGCGGAGGGCGACGCGGGUGGUGACGGGGGGCACGAGGAUGACGGGGCCCUGGAGCAGCACCCCCAGGACGGUGGACAGGAGGCGGCCAAGGACAGAUGCGGCUCCGGUGACCAGAAGGAUUCCGACAGGGGGAAGCGGGGACUUCGAGUGCAGAAGAGGCGUCACCAGAGCAGCAAAAAGACGUACGAGUGUAGUGAAUGCGGGAAGCGGUAUAACCACAAAGACAGCUUUGGCUACCACGUCAAGACCCACACAGGCGAGAAACCUUUUGAGUGUGACGUUUGUAACAAGCGUUUUAUCAAGAAAUGUAGCUUUGAUGAUCACGUCAGGGCCCACACUGGCGUAAAACCAUAUGAAUGUAACGUUUGUAAGAGGGGUUUCGCCACAAAAACUCACCUUGAUUACCACGUCAGGACCCACACUGGGGAGAAACCAUAUAAAUGUGACAUUUGUAACAUGCGCUUCAUCCUGAAAUGCAAUCUUGAGUCUCACAUCAGGACCCAUACUGGCGAGAAACCAUUUGAAUGUGACAUUUGUAACAAGCGUUUCACCCAGAAAUCCACUCUUGAUUCUCACGUCAGGACCCACACAGGCGAGAAACCAUUUCAAUGUAACAUUUGUAAACAUUGCUUUAGUGACAAAUCAAAUCUUCGUCGUCACAAGAAAACACACCGUAUUGCUGCUGACCUCUGAAUAUGUGAUUAACUGUUAUUAGCCUUGGAUAAAACUGACUUUUCCUUAGGCAGGGUAUUUGUUGUAUGGCUGAAAGUUCCACGUCUAGUAAUGUAGGCUAAAGGCUGAUGAGAAACUGACGACUCGACUGCCUCGUCUGUCAUGUUGAUUUUGUAUUGAGUUGCUUCAUUCAAUUUAAUGGUAAUUAAGUGAAUAAAAAUAAAACAUUGCACCUAUCACUA